AUGGUAACGUGGACAGCAGAAGCUUCGCUGCGUGUCUUCCGUCUAAUUGGCGGUCCCACGGCGGCAAGUGAGCGCUGGAAUCCCAGUUCAGAGAAUGAAGGGAGAAGAGCAAAAUUUGUUUUUGGACAGAUUCUAAUUUAUCUUGAUGAACCUUAUAUUGGGGACUCCAAAUACAAAACCCAUAUUCAAGAAUCGAGUGAAGAUGGGAAGUAUAGAGAAAUUUUGUACCAGAAUCCUGACGAUUUGGAUAUGCUAACUUCCGCUCAUCUACUGUUUGGUGGUCCUCCAACCGUGAUUCUCGAGCCCUACUGCUGGACUACAAUAUCGAUGCCCUUUUAUUACUACCAUUACUAGACGUAAUGGUCCUGUACUGGCCAUCAAGAAACUUUUAAGGAUGCUCACCAUAAAGUAACCUAACACCUAAUUUCGUCCUUUCAUGUAGUUUUAUUGCAUUAAUUGAGUUUACUUCGAAUAACUGCGACUCCAGCGAUGUAAAUCUCCUCAAACUCUCUUAACUCUUGCUCCAAAUAUUCCGUAGCUGCAUGUACACGAGCCGAUGACCGCACAAUCAGUUAGUGAUUCAAUUUGAAAUCAUUGUGCAACUUCGCGAGCGACUUAUGCCUGGCUUUCAGUUGUGUCUCAUUCUUAGCAAUCAUUUUAAUUAGAUUUGUCACCAUUCUAAACUACAUACAUAUAAUUAAAUGUUCGCGGUGCACGAACAGUAA